UGCGCCCUCAGCCGGCCGACCGCAACGUACAUGCUCUCAUACCAGUAUCGGCGGAACAGUGCGGCGUUGGACUGUGAGUUCGCGCGUGGUCAUAGUGACACAAAUAUUAACAGUGUAGACAUGUGUCGUAGUGUCUUAUAGUGGUUCAGAAUUACAAGACUGAAAAUAAUUGCUCAGUUCUACAUCUCAAGUAAUAUACUUCGUGAUAAUUGAAUGCAGAGUUUGUCAGGAAAGUGCUGGUAGCAAGACAUUUAUUUUACAGUAACUAAUGCCUGUCAUAAUUUUAUAUAAUUAUUCUAAUGUGAAUAUUAAUGCUAAAUGAUGGCGAAUUGAUACAAUUAUCCAGUGUCUGAAUAAACACUUGAAGAAUUAUGGAUGAAGUGUCAUGAUACAAACAAGUGACAAGAUCAGCCAAGGAAGUGCAUGAAAGUUACGGCUACUAACGAUGGUGAGGUUUCGAAUUAUCUUGCUCUUCUUGACGCUAAUGGCAACUGUAAGUACAGCCGCUCUUAGAAGUCGGACUGGUAGCGGAAUGCGUAAAACCGCGAUGUUACAGAGGAACUUAAAACGCGUUACGUUUGGAAUUGUGUUACCUUAUUCUACUUUCCGGCAAAGAAAGUACAACAGUACAGUGCUGGCAACUUUAGGAACCUACUACAAGGCAAGACCACAGCAUUCCCUGACUAAGAAAUACAACAUUUCCUACAGCAUCGCCAUGGUCGGACGGAAACCGAGCCCCACUCAGAUUCUGAACAACUUGUGUCGCGUGUUUAUAGCAAGUAAUGUCUCCGCCAUCUUGUUUCUGACUAACUAUGAAGCAUAUGGGAGAGAAACAGCGUCUGCGCAGUACUUCUUGCAACUUGCAGGAUACUUAGGUAUUCCUGUUAUUGCCUGGAACGCUGACAAUUCAGGCCUCGAACGAAGGGGAUCGCAAUUGAGUCUUCAGCUGCAACUGGCGCCAUCUCUGGAGCACCAGACUGCCGCCAUGUUGAGUAUCCUGGAGAGGUACAAGUGGCAUCAAUUCUCCGUCGUCACCAGCCAGAUCGCGGGGCACGAUGAUUUUAUUCAGGCAGUUCGGGAGAGGAUGAUGCAGGUGCAGCCACAUUUCAAACUGUCCGUGAUCAGCACGCUGGUGCUAAGCAACGUGUCCGACCUGUCACAACUUGCCAACACAGAGACUCGCAUCAUCCUUUUGUAUUCUACACGGGAGGAGGCGAGGGAAAUCCUGGCAGAGGCCACCAGGCUCAAGCUCACAGGCACUAGUUAUCUAUGGCUAGCCACUCAGAGUGUCGUUAGCAAUACAAUGGAAGCACCCAGAGAAUUUCCUGUUGGCAUGCUAGGAGUUCACUUCCCCACUAACGACGAACACUUGCUCGCCGAAUUAUCGAAAGCGGUUCGCGUGUUCUUACAAGGUCUGGAGCAAUUUUCUCAAGACGAAGGAAGUGAAAUUGUCCUCAGCCCUCACCUGUCGUGUGAAGGCCGGGGUGAGGCGCGCUGGAGAAACGGAGACAAAUUCUUCAGGUACUUGAGGAAUAUAUCAGUGGCUGGCGACCACCAGCCGACCAUUGAGUUCAAUCAAGAUGGACGCUUGAAAGCCACAGAACUGACAAUCGUAAACCUCAGACCCGGUCACGGGACAGCAGCUAAUAGCCCUGUGUGGGAACAGAUCGGUGUAUGGAAGUCGUGGGAGAAGGAAGGUCUGGAUAUAAAGGAUAUCGUGUGGCCAGGCAACACCCACAGUCCUCCCCAGGGAGUGCCUGAGAAGUUCCAUCUCAGGAUAACUUUCCUAGAAGAGCCUCCCUACAUCAAUCUGUCGCCCCCAGACCCUGUUACUGGAAAAUGCGCCCUUAAUAAGGGCGUUUUCUGUCGACACGCCAGCGAGUCGGGCCUCAAAGGAGUGGACAUUCCGACAGUGCAUCGAAACGGCAGCUUCUAUCAGUGCUGUUCCGGCUUCUGCAUUGAUCUUCUGGAGAAGUUUGCAGAUGAUUUGGGCUUCACGUACGAUCUCUUUCGAGUCGAAGACGGCAAAUGGGGAGCACAGACCAAUGGCAGAUGGAACGGCCUGGUGGCUGCCCUUAUAAACCAUCAAGCAGACAUGGUUAUCACGUCGCUCAAGAUCAAUUUCGAGAGAUCGCAAGCUAUCGAUUUCUCGUUACCUUUCCUCGAUACAGGAAUUGCUAUUGUGGUAGCCAAAAGAACUGGCAUCAUCUCACCUACAGCAUUUCUAGAGCCAUUUGACUCCGCCAUGUGGAUGUUGGUAGCCCUGGUUGCAGUUCACGUCGCUGCCUUUACAAUUUUCUUUUUCGAAUGGCUUAGUCCUUAUGGCUACGAUGCGAAGAUGACGACUCCUAGAGAACACAGAUUCUCACUGUGUCGGACGCUCUGGCUGGUAUGGGCAGUCCUCUUCCAGGCAGCUGUAAAUGUGGACUGUCCCAGAGGAUAUACAGCCCGAUGUAUGGCCAAUGUGUGGGCCAUGUUCGCACUCAUUUUCCUCGCCAUCUACACAGCCAACCUAGCAGCCUUCAUGAUCACACGAGAAGAGUUCCACGACCUCACAGGGAUCAACGAUACAAAGCUGAGUAACCCACACUCUCUGAAGCCAUCAUUUCGCUUUGGGACGAUUCCGCAUGGCAACACAGACGCUGUAUUGCGGAGGAACUUCCCAACUAUGCACUCAUACAUGCGACCCUUCAACAGAUCUACCGUCAUGCAAGGUGUUCAGGCAGUCAAAGAAGGGAAGCUGGAUGCCUUCAUCUAUGACGCAACGGUGCUAGAGUACCUGGUAGGACAGGACUCGGAGUGUGUCCUCCUCACUGUCGGAUCCUGGUUCGCCAUGACGGGGUAUGGUGUCGGUUUCCCCAGGCAUUCCAAAUUCCGGGACCUCGUGAACCAGCAGCUUAUGGAAUACCGCGAGAAUGGGGAUAUGGAGCGCUUACGUCAUUUCUGGUUCACCGGUGCAUGUAACAAGCCCAUGAGUAAAGAAAAGCAGAGUAGGAGCGACCCCUUGGCGCUGGAGCAGUUCUUCUCGACCUUUCUGCUGCUCGGUUCGGGAAUUCUCCUGUCGUGCAUUCUGUUACUGCUGGAACACGCCUAUUGCAAGUGUCACCGUCCCUUCAACAAAUUGCUGCAGGUAGAGGAACAACCCUCCAGGCAGGCUGCCGUCGUCAGGGGCUGCUGCUCCUUGCUCAGCAGGAGCGCAGGAAGGACCCUGGGACCCGCCGCUCCUCCCCCCAGGGAGCGUAAAAGUCUUCUGUUGACGCGAUGUCACGCGCCGGGAUGCGACGAACUGCUGGGACGUCUGGAGGCGGCACUGGGGGCGGCACAACGCCGAGUGGCGGAACUUGAAGCGGACCUACAGCUGCACGCCUCUGCUGCCAUGUGCCAGGUUCAUGGGCCCCGGCUCAGCAGAUCAGCAAGCCGGCCGAGAUCGAAAUCAUUAGCCUGGUCCUGGAGCAACGCUGCCGUCCACUCCAGCAAUUACCCCGGACCACAUGAAGAUUUUUACAGAUCAACCCGCGAUAUUCGCAGAGAUUAUUUCGCAGACAACUAUGGGGUCUGGCCCCCACCGGUGUAGACGAAUGUUCCGGAAAGAAGUAGCCGAGAUUGAGACGGUCCUUUAGAACAUCUGCAGAAGCGGAACGAAUCGAGUCACCAAAUUAUAUAAUUAUUAAAUAGAACAAUUUUAAUCUUUUAAGAACUGUUACAUUAUCACCGAAACCUUCUUCAGCAAAAUGGAAAGGAAAAAAUUAGAUGUGUCCGUUUUCGUGCAAAAGAAUUAUAGAAAUCUAUAUAUUUAAAUAUUUAUUUACAAGACUCAGUUUAUAUACUGGCUGGAAUUAUGACGUUAUAUCAGGAAUGGCAAAAUCAUCAUCAUUAUUAUUAUGAGGUAAUGUUCAGUAUCGUUCAGAAUUUUAGCAAACAUUAAGCUAUGAAAGAUUUGAGGCUUUCACGGCGGUGACUAUGAAGAAAGCAGUCUUCUGGGAUUUGGCAUCGUGUAUAUGU